GGGCGGGGCCCGGGAAAGUCCCCGGGCGGCGGCUGGCGUCACGGGAGUCAGCUGAGUGGGGCAGGGCGGGGAGCGAGGCCUUCACAACAAACCUGUCCCCGCAGCGAGGGGCGCCGCGCAGGACUGGCAGUGGGAGCCUGCUGCGGAGCAAGGAGGUGGCAGCCGGCCGGGCGCGGCCGAGGGACGGGGCCGCUGGGGGAAGCAGGUCGCGGGUUUGAGCUCAGUCACUGCAGUGAUGUCCAGCAAGCCGCUAAGGCGUCCUGCUGAAAAUGGUGAAUGUCACAAGAGUGAAACGGGAAAUGGACCCCACAGUCUGGUUUCCCCUGUGCUUGGCACGUUUACCCCAGAAGAGAUGGUGCGGCAAAUGAAAGAGCUAAUUACAGAGAACAAUGAAUUAAAAGCCAUGAAGAUACAUAACCAAGCUAUGAAGGAUCGGUAUGAGGAGCUUUCUAUAUGGCGAGAGAAACAGAAGGAGGAGCGGGAGUUUUACGAGUCCAAGUUCAAAGAAGCUAAACAUUACUUGCAUGCCAAGUGCCUUGAAAACGAAGAGCUGCAGAAACAACUUCAAAGCUUAAAAGAGAAAGAGGAGAAUUGCACAGCUCCUAGGGAGGAAAUGACCCAGGAAACAAAGCAGCUGAAGACACAGUUGCUGCGGCUUCAGGCUGAGAAGGCAGAUCUGCUUGCCAUCGUUUCAGAACUGCAGCUCAAACUCAGUGUCCCUUCGACAGAGGACUCUUUUGUUGAGAUCAGAAUGAGUGAGGGAGAAUCAAAUGCAACUUUAAAAGAAAAUCAGGAUGUUAAUAGCCAAAGGACCAACAACACAGCUGCCUACAUCAGGAGCAGAUCUGUGGAUGAACCAAAGAAUUUGGAAUCUGAAGAGCUUACUGUUAGCCAACUUCUUUGUUGCCUUAGAAAUGAGACUCAGAUGAGGGAGACCCUUGAAAAGGAACUUCAAGAACACAAAGAGAGGCUAUCAAAGCUGGAGAAGGAAGUGGCUGAUUAUCUGGAGAGUGGAACUCAAACAGAAUGGGCAGAAAAAGAGGAUGAAAGUGCAAAGACAGUAUGUACCAGUCAUCUGGGGGACACGAUUUUGAGCAACUACAAAGAACUUGUUGGGGUUGGUAGUGAAAUAGAAACCCUGAACCUGCAGGUCUCAUCUCUCUUCAAAGAACUUCAGGAGGCCCAUGCUAAAUUAAAAGAAGCUGAGCUGAUCCAGAAGAGGCUUCAAGAAAAGUGUCAGAUACUUGAAAGAAAAAACUCUGCUAGUUCAGCAGAUUUGGAUGAGAGGCAGCAGCUCCUGUAUACCAUUAAAAAGCUAGAGCUUCAGGUAGAGAGCAUGCAGUCAGAGCUCAAACUGGAACAAGCCAAAACAAAGGAAGAAAAGGCAAAAUUUUCUGACUUGCAGCAUACGUACAGCAAGCUUCUCCCUGAACUCAGUGAUGCAAUGAAAACCAUUGAAGAACUAAAAAAUAAAGAGUUGGCGAGAGUGGAUAAGGCGGUGGUAGAGGACCUGAAUAAAAAGCUAGAGCUGUUGGAGAGAGCUUUGGCUACAAAACAGCUACAGAUGGAUGAAAUGAAGCAGACCAUUGCUAAGCAGGAGGAAGACCUUGAAACCAUGGCUGUCCUCCGAGCUCAGAUGGAGGUUUAUUGUUCUGACUUCCAUGCUGAGAGAGAAGCAAGAGAGAAGAUACAUGAGGAAAAAGAACAGUUGGCUGUACAGCUGACAUACCUACUACAAGAGAAACAUACUCUUGAAAAUCUUAGCAGAAGCUCCUUGGUGGAAAUGCAGAGUCGUCACGGAGCCAGAGCAUCAGUGGAUCAAGAUCAUUCACCUCAUCUUGUACAAAGAGGAAGUGAUCCUCAGGACUGGCGGGAGCAGCAGAGGAAUAUUCCAGUACAUUCCUGUCCCAAAUGUGGAGAAAUUCUACCUGACAUGGACACGCUUCAGAUCCAUGUUAUGGACUGUAUCAUCUGAAUGCUGAUCUCCAACUCUUCAUAAAUGGAAAUUUUCAACUGCCAAGCAAAUGCAUUCUUGCCCUCUAGAAUAGGCGCUGAUCCUACUCCCUGUGAAGUUUUACAGGGUUAUUUUCCACUGAUUUCAUUGACAACAGGGCAAUACCACUUUUUCUUUAGCAUUUCCAUUUGCUUUAGGGAAGAGAGAAUUUUCAUUUUGUAAAAUGAGUUGCUGAUUUACGGAACUCCACAUAUGUCUGCUGCAGUGGAAUCUUUAAUCAUCCUCUAACAACAAGCUCUACUUCUCAUAGUUUAUGAUCACUCAGCAGAGAAUCAUUCUCUGCUAUCUGACUGAAUUCAGUCAAAGGGGAAAAGAUAGAUACACUUGAUCAGUUUAUAUAUGAGAGAUGAAGUAGGGGGUACAGGGUUAAUCAGGAAGCUAACUCAUGUUUGAGAAGCUUAUAAUAAAAUGGAAUAGUUUUGUAUUCAUUACACACUUGAAAAGAAUCCUGCUCUUGCGCUGAAUAGCAGUUUUAUUGAAUUCCCUGCAACCAGGCUAAUCUGAUGUUAAAUUCUUGAUAACUGUAGUUUGUGUACUCUCUGCUUUAACCAGAUGUGGGCAAAGUGUAAGAUUAAACUGGUUGGGUCUGAAAUAUGUAGCUGCUGCUAUAUUAAAGUCAUUUGGUUUUAUAGAACAAUAUACAAUUUAAAGAAGCUGUCUUUACUCCUCUCAAUUGUAAUAAAUUCACCUGAACUUGUACAGUAGAUCUCAAAAUAUUUUGCUGGAAACAGGUAUGGUAGAUGUAACUUAAUCAUUUAGGAGAGUUAAUUGAGUUUCAUGUUUACGAGACAAAAAUAAAUCUGUUGCAAAACACAAGAA